AGGAGUCGCAGGUCGGCCAUGAGGAAUCACACGCAAGUGACUGAGUUCAUCCUCCUAGGGUUCACGGACGACCCGGACUUGCAGACGGUGAUUCUCCUCUAUAUGUCUGUCACCUACGUAUUGAGCAUCACCGGCAACCUGACCAUCGUCACCCUCACCCUGCUGGACUCCCGCCUCCACACCCCCAUGUACUUCUUCCUGCGCUGUUUCUCCUUCCUGGAGAUCUGCUUCACGUCUACCUGCAUUCCCAGAUUCUUGGCCACCAUCACUACGGGGGACAGGACCAUUUCCUACAACUGUUGUGCAACACAGCUAUUCUUCGUAUUUCUGCUGGGGGCGACCGAAUUCUUCCUCCUGGCCGCCAUGUCCUACGACCGCUAUGUCGCUAUCUGCCAGCCGCUGCACUAUGCGACCCUCAUGAGCCAGAAUGUCUGCACCCUACUGGUCCUCUUCUCCUGGCUAACGGGGUUACUGGUCAUCUUUCCUUCUCUGAUCCUUGGCCUCCAACUGGACUUCUGUGGCCCGGUAGACAUUGACCAUUUCUUCUGUGACAGCUCCCCUGUACUCCAGCUCUCCUGCUCAGACACUGGAUUCCUGGAGCUGACGGAUUUCGUCUUGGCCUCGGGGACAAUCCUGUUCACCUUGGUGUUAGUGGUGAUGUCCUACAUGGCCAUCGCCCGGACCAUCCUGAGACUGCCCUCCACUCAGCAGAGGAAAAAAGCCUUUUCCACUUGCUCCUCCCACAUGGUCGUGGUCUCCAUCACAUACGGGAGCUGCAUCUUCAUGUACAUCAAACCAUCCGCUAAGGACAGAGUGGACCUGACCAAGGUGGUGGCCGUGCUCAAUACCUCUGUGGCCCCCGUGUUGAACCCCUUCAUCUACACCCUGCGGAACCAGCAGGUCAAGCAGGCCUUCAAGGACCUGGUGCACCGGUUUGGAUUUUCCCCCAGGAGGUGA